GCGGAACACGUUGAAAAGAUUGCUGUUGUUCUUGGUUAUAAGCAUUUUACAAAAGCGCAAUGCAAAAGGUUUCCUGAGUAAGGACAGCGAAGGAAAGCAACAAUGAGUUGGGCAGUUGAAGAGUGGAAGGAGGGCCUUCCUGGAAGAGCCCUGCAGAAGAUCCAGGAUAUUGAAGGGCAGCUGGACAAGCUGAAGAAGGAGAGGCAACAGAAACAGUUUCAGAUGGACUCUCUUGAAGCUGCUCUGCAGAAACAGAAGCAGAAGUUUGAUAUGGAGAAGAAUGAAGCAGCUGUUCUGAAGAGAGAAAAUCAGUCUCUGGUGGAGUCCUGUGAAAGCUUGGAGAAAACCAGACAGAAGAUUUCCCAUGAGCUGCAGGUCAAAGACCAGCAGUUGAACUACAUGGAGGGUCAGCUCAGUUCCAGCAAGAAGCAGAUUGAAAAACUGGAGCAAGAAAUAAGAAGGUACAAGAAUGAGCUCGAUAGGAACCAGUUGUCCCAUCCUUUAGACCCACAGAUCACUAGCACACCACAAAAAACUUUUGCAAUGCCAGCCACUCCAACUUGCAAGCAACCUGAUUCAAAGUUCGAAGAGCUGCAGGAAAAGUACAGCAAAGAAGCUGAAGAACGAAAAAGGCUGGAAUCGGAGUUGAGAAUUAUGCAAGUCAAACUGCUAAACCAGACUUCUGUGAGCCACAAGGACAUUGCUAGACAGCAGACACAGUCAUCGAUUUUUCCAUGGCAACAAGAGCAAACGUCAAGUAGUCACUCGAGCUAUACAGAGACACCACUGAAGAGGAAAAUGGGUACCUCAAGCUUCUUGUGGGAUUCAGAAGAAACUCCACUGAAGCAGCAUUCCAGAAACUCAUCAACUUCUCUGAGCGAAUCAGCCAGCUCUCAAGCCAAUGAAUUUCUGCGGGCAACAAAUCAAGAACUGAAGGCUAAAGUGUCAGAGCUGGAACUUCGCCUUCAGUCCCAGGAAAAGGAAAUGAAGAACCAGAUGAAUAAGUUUCAGGAGCUACAGACCCAACUUGAGAAAGCCAGAAAGGAGCUGAACGAGAAAGAUAGAACCCUGGCCAAGUCCAGAGAUGAGUUCAGCAAGGUGUCAGGGCAGUUUGACCAAGCUGUUACCAAGUGUUCAUCGGUUGAGCAGAAGCUGAAACAGAUAACUGAAGAAAUGAAUUGUCAGAGGCACAAUGCAGAGAGCUUGCGGCAUGCUCUUGAACAGAAGAUUAAGGACCAGGAGAAGGAGCACCAAAAGGAACUUGCACGUCAGCAGAAUUCACAGGUUGCACUUGAGCAACAGUUAAACCAGGUGAAAACAAAGAUGAGUCAGGAGCUUCAACAAGCCAAAAAGGACAAUAGUUUGCUGCAAUCUGAUAUUGACAAGGUAACAGCACAGAAGAGUCACCUGGAGAGGGAUUUAGAGGAGCUAAAACAUAAACUGUGCAGGUCAGAGCAAGCCCUCCAAGCCAGCCAGACUAAAGAGCUCAAUUGGAAGAAGACAUCUGAGGAAAUGCAGAAAGAGAAAAAUAGCAUCAGCUCUCAAUUUGAACAGGCCAAAAAGAAGCUGUCAGAAGCUGAAGAAGAACUAAAAACUGUCACACACAACCUUAAACACAACAAUAACUUGAUGGAGGACCUCAAAGUUAAAACUCAAGGUCAAAGUGAAGAACUGAAAGUAAUUCAAAUGAAACUUGAAAGUCAAAGCAAAUCUUCUGCACAAGAUUUGGAAAACCUGAAGAAAACAUUAGCUGACUUAGAAAUAAAAAAGGAGACCACUGAAAAGGAAGUUGAGAAACAAAGGAAUGAAAUUGAGCAGGUGACCAACAAGAACACUUUUCUAGAAAAGGAAUGUCAGGAUUUAAAUUUGACUCUUAGUUCAAAACAGAACGAAUCUGCAGAAUUAAAACAGCAGACAGAGUGUCUAAUGGAAUGGAAAAGAGAAAAGGAAAGUCUCAUCAACAACAUAGAGACAGAACGGAAUGCCAUGCUCAACAGAAUCAGUGAACUAGAAAAAGACAUAUCCUCUUUGAAUGAUACACACAAUGGGGUAAUUGAGAAAAUGAAAGAUCUAGAAAAAGAAAAGGGAACAUUGACAGGGCAGGUUGAUUCUCUGAAGGGUGAAUUACUCAAUAAAUGCAUGCAACUGGAAGAAAAAGAGCACAUUUGUAAUGAACUUCAGAAAAAAUUUGAGGAGGCUGGUCAAAAGUACAAUAAGGAUUUCGAGAACACAAUGGCCACGGUUGUUAUUCUGCAAGGGCAAGUGACAGAGUUGGAAGCUAGACUGCAACAGGAGAAAAGUAAGGCAGAAGCAAUGGCGGUGUCUCACAGUGAACUAUUGGCACAGUAUGAAAGUGUAUGUGACCUAGCAAAGUCAAAGGAUUCUGUGGCUGAAAUAAACCAGAAAGAGAUCUUGCAUCUUCAGGAGAGCCUAGCUCAGGCAUUGGCUGAGCAGGAGCAACACCUGGCCAGGUUCAAUGAGGACAAGUCAAGCUUGAUGGAGAGGUAUGAGAACAACAUUUCAAAUAAAACCGCAGAGGCUGAGCAGGCAAACCUCAACUUUGCAAAAAGCCAGCUGGAGGUAUCGUCCCUAAAUGAGCAGGUUGUUUCACUGGAUUCUGCCCUCAAAUUGCAGAAACAUCUCGGCACAGAGCUGCAGAGCAGGUGUGUCAGUCUCUCCAAUGAAAAUGAUGAUCUUAAAGAAAAAAUUUCAAGAGCUGAGAAGAAUGAAGAAAGACUUCUUCAUGAAAUAAACAUCCUUUCUGAGCAGACAAAGACUUCUAGUUCUCUCCAAGAGCAGUUAAAUGCUUUAUGUGCUGCAGAGGAGGAGAGCAAAGAUGCCUUACAGAAAGUUUCAGAGAUGCUAAAUGAGAAAGUUCUGGAGCUGCAGCAUCUUAGUGACAAUAUAAAGGAACUCAAGCAGCAGUUAAUGGAUGCGGAAGCUAAAGCAACCAGUUUUGAAAAUGAAAAUUUGCAAAUGGUUAAAACACUGAAACUGCUUGAGCAAGAUAUUGAGAUAUUGUUUUCAAAGAAUCAGUCGCUACAGGAGGCUAAUGCUACCUUAUGUGAGGAAAGAACUGUUUUGUUAAAAGAAAAAGCAGCUAUGGAGAGCACGACACUUAUAUUAGAGGAGAAGUUGGAAGCUUUAAGUCAGAGUUGUGCAGAGCUGAAAAAUUCGGUGGAGGUUCUCCAAAGCAAAUAUGCUUCUGCUCUAGAAUUAAAUUCAAAGUUGGAGAGUAAUUUGAAUGACCAAAUGUCUUUGUACCAAGAGGAAAUGAAGGCAGUUGCUGACAAACACAGAGUGGAGUUAGAACAGUAUUCUUCAGAAAUGAAAAAGUGCCAUGAGAAGCAUAAAUCUCUGGCAGAGGACCUGAAUACAACAAAUUUGCAGCUUCAAAACAAAAGUGAUGAGGUUUUUGAGGUGGACAAACUAGGAAAUAGUCAAGCUGAAAUAUCCAAUUUAAAAAUGAAUAUUGCUAGUGUAAAUGAUGAGCUUCUUAAAGUAAAUGAUUCCUACAAAACAGUUUGUCAAGAAAGAGAAUUUUGGAUUGAAAAAGCAGCAUCUCAGCAGCCUGAAAUCGAAUCGUUGAAAGCGGCUUUAUUAGCUGCUGAAAAUGGCACCACUAAGAAGGAGAGUGUAAUCCAGUCACUUAAAAUUAAGCUGUGCAAUGCUGAGUUGGAUCAGAUUAAAGCAGAUGAUGCAUUAAAAGAAAAAGAGCUCACUAUGAGCAAAAUUAAGGUCCAGCUUGAAAUGCUUCAAAUGGAUCUUGAGGACAACGAAGUUUACGUGAACUCUCUUAAUUCACAGAUUGAAGCACUUCAGUCUAAAGUUAAUGAAUUGGAGGCAAAAUUAAAAGAGAGUGAGUCACAAAGAUCUACCAUAGAAGGUGAACUCUCAUUUCUUAAGGAGGAGCUUGCACUGAAAAAUGCUGAAGGCUUGCUAGCAAAAUCAACUUCAGAGGAUGCCAGCAAGCAUGCUGAAGCCCUCAGUAUGCUUGCUUUGGAAAUGGAAUCUCUCCAGGCAGCAAAGUCAAAACUCCAGGAUGAUGUAGAGGAGCAGAUUCAGAAACAUGCCAACUUGGAAAAAAUGUUCAGUGAAGUCUCAGAAGAAAACUCAAGGUUGCAGACUAAAGCUGAGGAUUUGCGAAAUCAAUGUUGCACAAUUCAAGAACAGAAUGAUGGGUUAAAGCUGGAAAAUGGUGGCCUUAAGGAGUUGCUGCAGAUACAGAAAGAAGAGUGUGAGUCUCUCAGGACCAUCUUUGAGAAAACUGUAGAACAGAACAAUAAAACUGACAUGAAAAAUAAACACUUUGAAAAGGAACAAAUAGAACUGCAUCAGCAAUUUGCUUUGCUGAAUAGUGAACAUUCUGUGUUGAAAGACCAGUACAGCAGUUUGCUCUCCCAGGUGACAGAACAAAAAUCUUUCAUUGAGCAGCUUCAUUCGGAGGCAAGCUGCAUGACGAGUUCAUUUGAGAACAUAAUUUUAACUAAUGAGAAUGACUGCAACAAAUUUGAACCUACAUGUGCUCAAAAAUGCAAUGUAAUGCACAGUAGUGCUAUUAUUGAUGAAGUGGACAAAGAAUCCUGUGCUGUGUCCUGUGUCAUUGAUACAGGGUUAUCAGAUGCUAAGCGAUCUGAUUUUGAGAUUGAAACCAUUUCAAGGUCUCCAUCUUCUGACUUAAAUGUCAGUGAUAAGCAGUUGCAAACAGGUAGCACUUCUUUCUCUCUAGAGAAUGAGCUACAGCGGAAGUCAGAAGAGUUGGAAUUGCUCUCUCGCUCCUUCGAUGAAGCUAUUAAAAGUUUUGACAACCAGAUGGAGGCUCAGCAACAGGUUUCAAAAACUGAUAUUAGAGAGAUGAAAGGUUCUUUGUGUGUUGUACAAAAAGACCUGGAGCAGCUCCAGAAGCAACAUUCGUCAGAGGUAUACAGCUUGAAACAGAAACUAAUGAGCCUGAGUCUGGAGAUGGAGGAAAAACUGGCUGCUGAGAGACAACACGCAGAAGUCUUAUCGGCUGAGCUGGAGGCUGCAAGGCUACAGAUGCAGGGCCUGGAUCUUGGUUCCCAGUCUCUGCUUGCGGCUGACAGUGCAGAAUGUACAUUGCAGCAUCCUGCUAAAGUAGGCUCUGCAGCUGCCCAAGAUGUAGAAGACCAACAGAAGCCUGAGGAUUGUGCUGUAGGCACAACUGAUGAAAAUCCAACUGGUACCACCAGUCACAGUUCACAAGAUAACCAGGAGGAAAAAUGUGAGGAUUUGGAACAAAAUGAGGAAAAUGUCCAAAAAUUAAAGAGUGAACUUCAGACCUUAUACAUACAGCUGGAACACUGUGCUGCUGAGAUUACUUCAAGGACAAAGUUGUGCACUGAGCUGGAGAUUAAAUUGCACAGAAUGGAGGAAGAAAAAUUAGAUGCUGUUAAUAAAUUAAAUUCUGCAACUGAGGAAAAACGGAGUCUUAGUGACCAAGUAGAGAAACUAGAGACAGAAGUCAGUAGCUUAAAACUGCAGCUGGAGACAUCCAGGUGUCAGCUGGCAGAUGUUAUGGAAAUGCUAGAAAGUUUAGAAGUUGCUAAGGGUGAUUGGAGAGAGGGGCUUUUUCAGAUUGAAAGUGACCUGAAAAAGGUGCAGUCUGAGAAGGCAAACCUUGAAAAACAUAUCUUAUCAAUGGAGACAGACAUUGAGGAAAUGCAAAAAGAGAAGCAGAAACUGGAGGAGGAACUGUAUGCAAGUAGGAAAGCUAAUGCCAGUCUUGAAAAAAAUCUUGAUAUAGUGACAAGUGAAGGAGUUCAGCUAAAACAAGAGCUUCUGUCAUGUACUGAGAAGAAAGAGGAGGUGGAUCAGUCUUUGCUGAAAUGGAAGGAAAAGGCUGAAAAAUUGGAGAAAGAUAGCAAUGACACGAAAGAACUUAAUAAAAUGCUUGAGGAAGAUAUCCGAACCCAAAAAAAUAGGACUGAAACGGCUUGUGGUAACAUUGAUAAUUUACAGGCUGAGAAACAACAGCUUUUGUCUCAGCUUGAAAUUUUGGAGCAAACAAUAUCCUUGCUCAGUGGUGAAAAGGAAGACUUGGAGAAAGAGCUAAAUCAGGUGAAAGCAAAGCAAUGGAAAGCAUCUCAGAACUCUGAAAGUGCAGUUUUGAAAAUGCAAUCAUUGGAGGCUGAGAAUGUAAGACUGUCACUAUCACUGGAAUCCUCCCUCCUGGAGAAGGGAGAAAUAGUAUCAAGGCUGAAUUCCACCCAAGAAGAGGUGACCCAGAUGAAAGAAGGCAUCGAGAAGCUUCGUGUCAAGAUCGAAGCUGACGAAAGGAAGAAGCGGCAUAUGAGUGAACUGCUCAAGGAAGCCCAAAGGAAGGCAGAUGCACUCCAAGACAGUCUGGAGAAGCUGGAGAGGGAGAAAGAGUUGACUGAACAGAAUCUAGAAGAUGUUGUCCUUCAGGCUGAAACUGCUAAAACAGAGUAUGAAGAAUUGGAGGCUGAAAAGAUAAACCUUGUCAAACAACUUGAACAAGUGACAACGGAAAAGAAUAAGAUCCUCAAUGAGAAGGAGAGACUCGAAAAAGAACUUGCUGAAAAAACAGAACAACUGCAGCGGCUGGAAAAUGAAGCCAAGGAUGCUGUGGCGAAGUCCGAUAUAGUUGCAGAAAAACUCCAGUCCAAAUUGAACGCAGUGGUUGGUCAGCUAGAGGCUUGUCAAAGGAAGCUUGAAUGUGCACAGUUAAAAGAGCAGGAUGUGACAUGCCAAUUAUCUGCUCUUGAAACAGAAAAUGAGCUUCUGUCCCAACAGUUACAGGAGUUCCAGAAACACGAGUCCGAUAUGCAGUCCAGAAACCAGUUGCUCACUGAAGGCCUUGAGACAAAGCAGCAUGAAUUGAGCAAGUGCAACAAAGAAAAUGAGCAGCUAAAGCAACGCGUGAUUGAGCUUCAGUUGUUCAGAGAGCAAAAAGUACCCUUGCUUGAGUCUGAGAAGGAGCAGCUGCUGAGUGAGAAGGUGCGUUUAGAAGCUGCAGUAGCAGAUUGCGAGCAAAAAGCGCAAUUGGUUUCAGCAAAGUGUGAGGUCUUGCAGAUUACGAUUACCUCACUGGAGACCGAAGUCCAGGAAAAGGAGGAUUACUUACACUCUGCACAAUUACUGAAUACAGAACUUGCCAAGAAGGUUAAUGCAUUAAAUGAAAGUAACAUGAAGCUGCAGAGUGACAUCAAGGAAGCUUUAAGCAGUGCAGAAGCAGAACGUGAAGCCUUGCAGAAGGAACGACUUGCUGUUAAAGCUCUGCAGCAGACCUCACAACAGGAGUCCGAGAAUUACAAGUUAUCUUUGGACAUGGUGAUAUCAGAAAAGGAGGAACUGAAGAGAAGCCUCGAAUGCACAAAGCAGAGUCUUGCACAUGAGACCAAGGACAGGGAGAUGGUCAGUCAGGAGCUUCUGAACCAAACUCGCCAGCAUGAAAAUGAAGUACAAGCCUUGAAGAAAGAAAUUGCUACAAUUGAGGAGAAGGCUUCUCUGUAUUUGGUUGAGAUUGGCAGCCUGAAAUCCAGUAAAGAGCAGUUAAAUUCUGCUCUAAGGGAGAUGGAAAACAAACUGGUUCAGUUUGAGAAAUUAAAGGUUGAUGAACUGAUGAUGAAGGUUGCCCAGCUUUCCAAGGAGAAGGACUCUGUUAUUGCUAAGAUGAACCUAUGGAUGAAGUCUUGCAAGCAGCUGGAGAAAGAAAAACUUUCUCUGAUUGAGAAACUGGAAGAGCAAGCGAUGCUGGUCGCCAGCCUUGAAGCCAGCCAGAAACAAGGGACCAAAACCUCUAGCACUGAAGAUCUGCAGAAAGAGAUUGAGAAGCUCAAGGAGGCCUUGGAAGAGAAAAGCAAAGAAGCAGAUGAGAGCAUGGACAAGUACUGUAGCCUCUUGGUCACCUUGCAUAAGCUGGAGGAGACCAAUGAGACCUUGCGGGACCAGGUAUCACAUCUCUCCAGCCAGGUGACGGCCUCAAAGGGUAGGCGGUCUGCCUCCAAGGCCUUACAGAGGUCACCGGUCCAAGUCAACAAUGAGCAUGAGAUGCUAAAGAAAGAUGAGGGGAGCUCUCAAAUGUCGGGAAAGCGACAGAGGCCUGUUGGCCCAGAUGGUGAACACACCCCCAGCAAGGUACAGGAGACUCUCCACGGCAUCACUAAGAGGAUCCGUGCUGGUGCAACACCUCAGUCGGCCCGGUGUCUCUCUGCCCAGAAUCAGCAUGACGAAGAGUUUAGACCAGAGGGUUUGCCUGAACUGGUGAAAAAAGGUUUUGCAAACAUCCCAGUAGGGGAAAACAGCCCCUUCAUUUUGCGGAGGACCACCGUACGAAGGUGCAGUCCUCGUCUGGCUGCCAAGAAGUCUCCGUUAUCUCAGCAGGUGUCAGUACCAGAGAUCCCUGUGCACAGUCACCAUGCAGCAGCAGAGGGCAGCACACCACAGACUGCACAGGUGAUCUGUUCACUCAAAAGUCCGGGAAAAUGCACUUCUGGGAACGUGGACCCUGUGAUGAACAGCGUGAGAGCUGCAGAGUUUGAGAGUCCUAAAGCCAACAUGGAGGACCGCAGGGGCAGGAGGUCUCUGAGCAUCAGGAAGACCCCCGAGCAAAUAGAGAAACGCAGGCAGAACUUGGUCUCAGCAACGCAGGAGGAUAACUGUCAGGUUCAAUAAUCGUAUUUUU